AUGCAUCUCUCAUUGCUACUGUAUUUUCUGAGGCUCGCCACGGUUGCGCUUUGUGCGCUCGAGGUCGAUCUCGAUUCACCAGACUCGAUUCGAAGUGCGGCGAAGCAGGUCGCCUAUGAUCUGAUGACCUUCUACAAGGGCAACCAGUCAGGUCAGGUCCCAGGAAUCCUACCUGGACCCCCGCCCAAUGGCGAUUACUACUGGUGGCAAGGAGGAGCCCUUUGGGGCACGAUGCUGGACUACUGGCACUAUACAGGAGAUGACACCUACAAUCAUGUCGUGAACCAGUCUCUACUUUUCCAGACGGGGCCCGACAGGGACUAUAUGGAGCCGAACUGGACCGCCUCGCUCGGCAACGACGACCAAGCCUUCUGGGGCAUGUCUGCGAUGUUAGCUGCUGAAGUCAAGUUCCCCGACCCUCCCAAGGGCUUGCCGCAGUGGCUGGCUCUGGCGCAAGCAGUGUGGAACGAGCAAGCGAGUGAAGAUCGUCGCAACAGCAGUUUGUGCGGCAUGGGCCUCAGGUGGCAGAUCUAUCCCCAGAAUCCGGGCUAUGAUUACAAAAAUACCAUCGCAAACGCCGCUUUCUUCAACAUCGGGGCCCGCCUUGCCCGCUACACGGAGAACAACACCUACGCCACGUGGUGUGAAGACACCUGGAAUUGGCUGUUCGAGUAUGGCAUCAUGGUCAACAACAAUAACGUCUACGACGUCGCUGAUGGUGUACACAUCUGGGCCAAAGAGAUGGACGGCAGUCUACGCCUUGACUGCGGGCAAGUUGGCAAGGCUCAGUUCACAUACAAUGCCGCGGCGCUCAUCCAGGGGGCAGCGUUUCUGUACAACUACACGAACGGCAAUAAGACUUGGGCGUAUCGCAUCGAGGGCUUGCUCAAUGGUAUCGAACAGCACUUCAUCAGCAACGACACACAGUCCCCACGCACACUAAUCGAGCCCGCGUGCGGUGAUGCCACCGCCACCUGCACAGUAGACAUGCGCAGCUUUAAAGGAUACACCCACCGCUGGCUCGCAACGACGGCCCAGCUAGCCCCGUUCACGGCCAAACGCAUCCGCAUAAUCCUCAAGUCGUCUACCCAGGCCGCCGUUAACCAGUGCACCGGUGGUGCGAACGGGAGGAUGUGCGGCUUCCAGUGGGCAUCGGGUACUUUCACCGGCCCACCUGGAGCCGGGGAGCAGAUGAACGUUGUUGCAGCGCUGUCCUCUCUCCUUUCUCUCCUGGAUCAGGGUAUCAAUGCUCCAGUCACCAACAGCACGGGCGGCACCAGUACUGGGGACCCCAACGCCGGCGUGAGGAAGCCUUUGACCCAGCAACCUUUCAGCAUCACCGUUAGUGACAAGGUCGGGGCUUUCAUCAUCACCGCUGUUCUAGCACUUGGGGCAAGCGUUAUGCUCAUUUGGAUGAGCAUGGAUGAAGGUUUGAUCAACAAGAGAGCUUCGUACGGCUUACAAGAGUCUUACGAUCUCGAGGAUAUGUCACGAAAACGAGGCAUUCUCUCCAGAUACCGCUGA